CUAAAUGUCGAUACCAGGAAAGGAGAUGAGUAUAUAAUCGCAGCUGCGUUUGCCAGUAUCACAGUCGCAGUGCAACGCUUAACUUUGACACACUGAAAAUGAGAGCCUUCAUCGUCCUCGCCCUGAUUGCCGCGGCCUCGGCCGACGUGUCCCACCUCUUCAACAGGCCCGGCCAGCCCCAGCGUAUCCAGCCUUCGGGUGGCCCUGAUGCCCAAGCCGAGAUCGUAGCGCAGUCGAGCGACGUAAGGCCUGAUGGCUUCGACUCCAGCUUCCAGACCAGCAACGGUAUCUCCGCUCAGGAGUCGGGACAACUGAAGAGCGUUGGACCUCAGGAGGAGGCCAUAGCUGUGUCCGGGCAAUUCCAGUACACCGCUGACGACGGCACUCCCAUCCAGGUUUCCUACACUGCCGACGAAAAUGGAUACGUCCCUCAGGGUCCUCACCUCCCCACCCCUCCCCCGGUGCCUGAAGCCAUCGCCCGCGCCCUUGCUUACAUCGCCGCGCACCCCCCUCCCCCAGAACCUCAGCAAGCCCAAAAGAGGUUCUAAAUUAUGGAAACACCCAAACUUGAAUGAAA